AUGGACAGCAAACCUUCAGUGGUACCCUUGUGGAUCGACGGGCGGUCUGCUGCAGCCCGUCCAGCCGUGACGUUUCCCAUUUCUCCGGACGAGCAAGGAAACACGGCUUUUGCUCAGUCCGCCGAUGUGGAUGCUGCCAAACUUGCAGCAGCGGCGGCGAAGAGGGCUUUUGAACAAUGGAGGCUUUCGAGCCCAACUUCUCGCCGGGAUAUUUUACUGCGUGCAGCUGGUCUACUUGAUUCUCGACGAGCAGAGCUCGUUGCACUUCAGGUCUUGGAGACCAACUGUGCGGAAGCUUGGGCACAGUUCAAUAUUGACAACUCAAUCAAUAAUAUGCGCGAAAUUGCUGCACGGAUUACAUCAGCCUGCACAGGUAGUAUUCCUGCCAUAGGCGGCGAGAAGAACUUGGGCCUAGUCUUCAAGGAACCUGUUGGGCCUGUCUUGCUCAUCGCGCCUUGGAACGCAAGUGUCAUUCUUGCCUCACGAGGUUUAAGCUCAAUUCUUGGUGCAGGAUGUACCGUUGUCUUUAAGACUUCUGAGAUAUGCCCGCGAGUGCAUCAUUUGCUAGUGAAUGUAUUCAUUGAAGCUGGAGUCCCAGCGGGCGCUAUAAAUGCCAUCCAGGUUCGACGCGAAGACGCACCAGAAGUCACUGAAGCUUUGAUUGCCCAUUCGGCAAUUCGAAAGGUAGAGUUUAUUGGCAGUGCUGCCGUUGGCAGGAUCAUUGGUGCCAUGGCUGGAAAGCACCUUAAACCUGUCCUGAUGGAAUUGGGAGGAAAAUGCGCCUCAAUUAUCCUCGACGAUUGUGAGCUAGAGGAUGCUGCAGAAAAGUGCCUUCUUGGAGUUGCUGAAACGGGGGCUGCUCAGUGGCCAACAGGAAAGGGAGUAAACAGGGAGGUUGUUCAAAAGUCUUGCGACAAGCUUCUAGACGCAGGUGAAAAGGGUGCUCAGUUUUUAACGGGUGGACCAAACUAUGCAUCCGAGCUAUCUCUUCGGCCAACAAUUUUGAUGGAGACAACGAAGGAGAUGAAACUUUGGGAUGAGGAAACAUUCGGUCCGUCUGUGUCUCUAUUCGUAGUGGAUACGGACUGUGAGGCGAUUGAACUCGCGAAUGACUCGUCGUACGGUCUGAACGCCGCAAUACAUACCAACAAUAUGCAACGAGCAAUUGACAUCGCAAGGAAACUUGAGGUUGCGCAGGUACAUGUGAACGCAUUAACAGAACAUGAUGACCCAACCUACCCUCUUGGCGCGGUGAAAGGGAGUGGCUGGGGGCGUAACAACGCCUCAUACGGUCUGGAGGAAUUCCUUGUGCCGAAGGUAGUGAGCCUAAACAUGAGUCGUCAGAAACUAGCCUUCGAAAUCGGAGGGAAGUGA